GCUCCAUCUAUCUUCCCAUCGCAACAUUCCACCUUGCCACUUAUACUCUGUUUCGUUUGUGGUUUGUCCUUCUUGCACUGCAUCUGUCAGUUAUUAUUAUGUGCGCCUUGGUCUGGCGUCAGAGACUCGCAGCUGGGGUUAACCGCUUGGUGGUUGUGUGCACUUCAUAAUGGCGAGCCAAGUGAUGGGCGAUGUCCUUCACCAGCUGAUUCGGAGAGCCGCCGACUCGGACGAGCCCGAUGAUGACGCUCCUGAAGCCGGAAAGAAGGAGUUCUUCAGCUCCUGGGCUCUUUUCAUCCUGAUCAUGCUGUUGAUGUUUGCCUUGUUUACGAGUUAUAUACUGCAACAAAAGAAGAUCCAGGCCGUUCAUGAAACGGUUCUGUCAAUCUUUGCUGGUAUGUUUGUCGGGUUGAUUAUCCGGUUGAGUCCCGAGUCGCCUAUACAAGACAGCGUCACUUUCGACUAUCAGUUUUUUUUCAACCUCCUCCUUCCUCCUAUCAUUUUGGCCUCAGGCUACGAGUUACACCAGGCGAAUUUCUUCCGCAACAUCGGCACUAUACUCACCUUUGCUUUUGCGGGGACAUUCAUCUCCGCGAUUGUGUUGGGCUUGGUGCUCUUCAUCUGGACACGGAUCCCGUUGGAUGGUCUGAACAUCUCUUUCGUCGAGGCUAUAUCUGUUGGGGCCACGCUCUCUGCGACGGAUCCGGUGACGAUCUUGGCCAUUUUCAACAUCUACAAAGUCGAGCCCAAGCUUUACACGGUCAUUUUUGGCGAGUCGAUUUUGAACGAUGCCAUUGCCAUUGUCUUGUUUGAGACAGCGCAGAAGUAUGCAGAAAGUGACGCUGGCUCGCUGACGAUCCUCAAUCUCUUUGAAGCUAUCGGACUCUUCCUGCUUGUCUUCUUUGGUAGUAUGCUGGUGGGCAUGAUUGUCGGAAUCAUGACGGCGCUGGGGCUGAAAUACACGCACGUUCGUCGCAUGCCUAAGAUCGAAAGCUGCCUGAUUGUCCUCAUCGCAUAUGCCAGCUACUUCUUUUCGAACGGUGUCCAUCUAUCCGGCAUCGUCUCUCUUCUGUUUUGUGGUAUCACGAUGAAACACUACGCCUACUACAACAUGUCGCGACGGACGCAGUUGACCACCAAAUAUCUCUUCCAGGUCAUGGCACAAUUGUCGGAGAAUUUCAUCUUCAUCUAUCUGGGUCUUGAUUUGUUCGUCGAAACGAAUUUACAGUUUAAGCCUCUGUUCAUUCUGGUCGCCGUCUUUGGCAUCUGCCUUGCCCGAUAUCUGGCAGUGUUCCCGUUGUCGAAGGCGAUCAAUUGGUUCAUCCGGUACAGGGCACGUCGGGUGAAUGCACCGGCAUUGCGUGCCACUGUCCUGGUUGUCGUCGUGCUGACGGUGAUCAUAUUCGGAGGUACGACUGCUCGCAUGCUGGAGAUCCUUGGGAUUCGAACCGGCGUGGUCGAGGAGAUUGAGUCCGACGAUGAAUUCGACAUUGAGGUCACCCAUGGGGGCACCUAUUACAAGCGGUCCGACACCGGCCUGGGAUAUACGCCCCGACGCACGGAUUCUACCAUUCCUCUGGACGGGAUACAGCGAGCAGGUCUCGGUGACAGGACCGGCAGCUAUUCCAGUGGCAACAACCGCCGUCCUAGCCCACCCCCGUCGACUCGGGGCCAUGGACGAAUGUACUCCAACGCCUACAGUUCCAAGGAUGCGCGCGAUAGAUCAUCGACGGCCACGCUUCUCGGGAACGGAGCUGGAGUGCACAGCGAUAGCAGUGCUGCUAGUGAGGAUGAAUUCGGCCUGAGAGCCGUUGGGCGCGGCCGAGGGGCGUCAGAGCCGGACCAAGUUGAUUCAUUUGAUUUGGAUAUUGACGAUGGCGCAUCUGACGAUGAUCUACCCCCCUCUGCGCCGACUGCGGCUUCUAGAAUGCGGCGGUCACCGUCACAGGCACAGAAUCUGAUGCCUUCACAAGCUACUCCUUCGAGCGGAGCGUCACCCGCAAGGAGAGAGACAGGACUGAGUGCCAGGGAAGCUCUUCGUGAUCUCUUCUCGGGUGGACCAUCUGGCGAUCAUGCUGCCUGGUUCCGACAGCUGGACGAGGACUUUAUCAAGCCGCGGUUGCUCCUAGAUCAGUCAAACCACAAGGGCCCAGGUGCUGUUUGAGCCACGAUGUUAUGUAUACUUAAUGUUUUGUUAUCUGAAUUUCCGGUGUUUCUCUUCAUCCGAUUCUUCUUUGUUUGUGAUUCUGCAGUCUCGGCCUGCUCAUAGAUGGUAGGAGCUCAGGCUCAGUUGCGCAGACUCGUCUUGUAUAUUGGACCUGGACCCCAUUUACGCCCGUUGCUUCUUAUUUUGCAUUUGAUUGGGGUCUGGAACCCCUGAAGGGAGGGUCUGCGGUUUAGAUGCAAUAGAUAUAUGAUAGUAGAGGGGCCCCGACUUCCCUCUUUGUCCC